AUGGGAAUGAAGACCUGAUACAUCUUUCGCAUGUUAAACUUAUUGAAACAUGUAUGUGCAGAUUAUUUUGAAGAUAAAGCUCUAUUAAUAAAAAAAAACCUCCACUUAAAAACUGUAUAAAAAUAAUUCGGGUCUACAUUAAGCCCGACCACGUAUUAGUCCACUCAAAGAACUAUCCACUAUAUAACAUACAACUUAAAUGUGGACUCGAUACUUACCUGAUUUCGAGUACAACAUUUGUAGACAGGAGUCUAUGUUUCAACCCUCCCCAUUUUAUCGAUAUCGAUAAGAAACGCAAGCGUGUAGCGUACUACACUAUUUAAAUCGCUUAUGUUGGUACUAUGGUUCUUUGACAGUUCUUUGUCGUACAUUUUGGUAAUGAUUUGCGAAACAAACUGAUUCCACUCGCUAGAAUGGGAGUCCCGUCUCUUAAAACGUAGCGAUUAUAUGCUCUUUGAAUAGAGCUGCCACUGCCACUGCUUGCUUCUAGCCCUAACCUUACCUGAUUCACUAUUUGGUUUAGUUACUUUUGAACAUUUAUUUAAUUUAUAAAACGUUAAUUCUAAUGACUAUGUCUGUAAAUUAACACUGAAUACAAUCAUAACUCAUACCAAUGGAAGCGCCAUUUCAUAACGCGUACUAUAACAAUCAACGUUUUCCUGCACCAAACCGUUUCCAAUGGCGACCACAUUUUGUUCCACGAGGGCCACCAUCAGGGUUUAGGGCGCAAGGACUUCAUUGGAGACAGCAAACACCGCAGGACUGUACAAAUGAAUUUUGGUGUGAAACAUGUGAUAGAGGCUUUCGGACACCAGAUAUUCUUGAAAAACACAAACAACAACAUCAGAAAUGCAACAUAGACGGCUGUCAAUUUAUUGCACAUCCUAAAGUAAUAACAAAACACAUUCAGAUGCAACAUGCAUCCGGUCUGUAUAAGAAAAUAGCAAAACUCCAAGAUCCUGAAGAAAUAAGAAAAUGGAGGGAAGAAAGAAAGAAGAAAUACCCUACAAAAGAAAAUGUGGAAAAAGCAGCUGCGGCAAUAAAAGAAAAAAUAGAUAGAGGAGAAAAAAUGGGCCUGAAAAAUAAAAGGCAUGAGAAAAACCCUAAUACAGAUUCAGGCAUGGGAGGCAAAAGAAAACCCUUCAAUAAACACAACACUGGUAUUACUCAUUUUGAUAAAGACUCUGCACACAACAAGAGAAGAAGGAUGACCCCUAAAAAUGUAGUCAAAAAAUUACCUGUAGCAGAAGAUACCCGAAAACUUAAACCAUUCACAGGAAUUCAAGACUUGAUGAUGGACAAUAAUGAUACAGAGGAAGAACCUAGUGAGAGUGGUUUUACUAUUGAGGAUGAGGAUGAUAUAGAAGAGGCCAGUAAUCCUUCAGAGACUGCUUCAGGAUCCGUUUGCCUUGCUUUGUCAUCUUUAAUGUGCAAUUACGGUUCUUCUGAUGAAGAUGAAAACAAUGAUGCACCAAAUAUUACUCUCACCAAAGCCCCUAAAAUUGAGUCUGACAGUAGACCAACAGUUAUCUCAAAUCAAGCAAGUGAUAAGCAACCUCUAACACUGCAAAAUCUUGAAAAACAAGCUUCACAAACAAGAAAUGAUAGUGAUGAUGACAGUGGACCUGAAGAAGUAAAAGUGACAAAACAAGUAACAAAUGUGACUGAAAACAUUGAAAUAAAAUCAGUGAUGAAUAAAAGAAAACCCAAAGACAAGAUUCCUCAUAAAGCAAUUUCAAAAAGGCCUAAACCGAAGUUGCCAUCUACUUUGUUACAAAAAUUGUUAUUUCAGGAAAUGAAACAUGAACGUAAUAUUGUAUUGCAAUGUGUAAGACAUAUAAUAAGAAACAAUUUUUUUGACAAAUCUGUAUAAUAAUAUUUUGUUUAUUUAAAAUGUGAAUGAAAGUCAUUUAUUUUCCAA